AUGACCGCAAAAAUUGUUGAUGAAGUUUCUGCAUCUCUCAGCGGCAUUGUAGGCAGUGUUCCUAAGGACAUGUACUCAGUGGAGGGGGGUUUGUCUGCAGAGACGUCGAUUGUGUUUAAACAGGAGUCUGUAGGCGAGGAAGAACAUGGCAAGUCAAAUGAAGACGAAGGGGGUGAUAUUUUGUUCGACGAGAAGAGCGCACCUGAGCAGCCUUUCCAAGGUAACCUGACGCAGUACGUGGCAACUUUACGCACGCACCCCGUGGCGUUUACCGGCAGGUUCUCGGUGGAUUCCAGAGGUGCGGACGGACAGUGGACCCCCGGGGACAUUAUCAACGUGGUAAGUGCUGAUAUUACCACCCCGGGACCGGCCGUGGGGUCUGGAUCCCCGUCAGCAUCGCCCAACAUUUACGCAGGCGGAGACGCAGCGGACGCGGGGGACGGCGCCAUGGCGCACGGCCAGCCGGACAUCAGCCACAUGUACGCGACUCCUCAUACGGCUCCGUCGUACUCCUGCAGCGGGGAAAUGUACCAGGACCAGUCGGCGGGGGGUUACCUGGCCACCUCCACCUGCGCCGUGUCCUACCACCCGCCUCCGUCCUACAGCUCCGCGCCCAAACCGUCUGUGGACGGCACCGCGCUGCUCUCCAUCAUGCCCGAGUACGGAGGCUUCUACCAGCAGAACUGUCAGAGAGACAUCCAGGCAGCUUUCCCCGAGAGGAAAUCCCUCCCGUACCCGCUAGACUCUCUGCGGGUGCCGCCGCCUCUCACGCCCCUCAACACCAUCAGGAACUUUACACUCGGUGCGCCAUCGCCGGCCGCCGAGGGCCCCAUGGCCGCCGCUUUCACCAGCCACCAGAACCUGCCGCUCAGACCCAUCCUCAGACCCAGGAAGUACCCGAACCGACCGAGCAAGACGCCCGUCCACCAGAGGCCGUACCCGUGCCCGGCAGAGAGCUGCGACCGGAGGUUCUCCCGGUCGGACGAGCUGAGCCGGCACCUGCGCAUCCACACCGGGCACAAACCCUUCCAGUGCCGAAUCUGCAUGCGGAGCUUCAGCCGCAGCGACCACCUGACCACCCACAUCCGCACACACACCGGGGAGAAACCGUUCUCCUGCGACCAGUGCGGCCGGAAGUUCGCCAGGAGUGACGAGAGGAGGAGGCACAUGAAGAUCCACCUCAGACAGAAGGAGAAGAAGGCCUCCUCGUCCUAA